ACUUUCGUUCGCCGUUGCCAGCUUACAAAAUGCGAUGCGGAAAGGCGCGAAGUUCCAGUUUAAGCUCGAAUCUUGAGUUACUGUGCUGAUUGUCAGUAAUUACAGACUUCGUCGCGCUUCGACAUUUGAACUGUGUAUAUAUGGUACAAUAUUGUGAUGGGUUAGAGUCGCCAACUAGCCUCAAAACGUGAUCACCGUGCUGGGUGUGUAGACGUGAAGGCACAUGCCGUUUCGGAGUUUGAAUGGAAUGUGACAGCCGGCUUGUCCAAGUUGUAGCAGGCUCCAUAUUAAUCAUAUCUUUACGGAAGCCUUGAAUGCUAUGUUACGUUUUCGUCUCGGUCUCGUCAAAUGUCGACAGAAGUGAGCGAACACAUAUAAGCUCCGGUGCUUACCUGUUCAGGAAUUGCGAAUCGGCUUUGAAACGCUGACACAAGCCGACGGGAUGGCGGGGAAGGAGACUGCACCUGGACAAAACUCCCGCGAUUCAUCAGAUUCUGAUUCUGAAGCUUCAACGAGCAAGAAGCCAGACAAAAUCUUGGUUUGGCUGGGUCCAGAGCAGAGAGCUGUGCCACGCUCUCAAAUAACCAACGACCUCAUCACCACCCUGCGAGUGAUGUGCACUGCCUGUGGAGAACAGGUCAAUCAUUUCGACCCUAAGAAGGUUCUAAUCCACAAGCACUUGAAGGUCAUUUUGUGCAGGAACUGCUACAAGAGGUAUGGAGACGGCAUCUUCCAGAAGGACUCUAGCGGUGCCGACGAGUACUGCCGGUGGUGUGCUGAGGGUGGGAGCCUUGUGGUGUGCGACUCGUGCAGCCGCAGCUUCUGCAAGUCGUGCAUCCGACGCAACCUCUCCCGUAAGGAACUGGGCCGCAUCACGUCCCUGGACGUCUGGAACUGCUACGUCUGCGACGCAUCACCGAUCCAGGGCCUCGUCAACUACGCCGACAUGAUACGAGAGUUCAGCAAGAAGCAGCAACAGCGGCCGUCAAACCAACUGGUUCCCUCGGCCGACUCGCCCAGCGGCAAGGUUAGCGAGGAGGUGCAGCUGAAGAUGAUCGCGGAGAUGACGUCGCAGAUUCAGCGGACACUGGAUGAGUUCAACAAAGCAAAACAGGGGAAGGGCGUUGGCCCCGAAGACCUCGUGAAGACGGCCGAGCUGAUGCACGCCAAUGCCCUGAAGCUGGCCAGGAUAACGGAAGGCGUGGAUCGUUCCCAGCGGCGGAAGAAACAACUGCAGCGCACAGACCGUACGACGACAGCAGACAAGAAGAGGACUUCCAAGAAGGUGGAGGAGAAGGGGAAGGGUAAGAUGGAAGAGGAUGGGCAAGGAGGCGAGGAUGUGUCCGAACCCGCAGUUGACGCGUCUGAAAUCGUGGACGAGACUUUGGACGUCACUGUGGAAGCCCGAAAGGAAGAAGUGAAGGAAGACUUACAGGCAGGAAAGGACAAGAAGAGGACUUCCAAGAAGGUGGAGGACAAGGGAAAGGGCAAGAUGGAAGAGGAUGGGCAAGGAGGCGAGGAUGUGUCCGAACCCGCAGUUGACGCAUCUGAAAUCGUGGACGAGACUUUGGACGUCACUGUGGAGGCCCGAAAGGAAGAAGUGAAGGAAGACUUACAGGCAGGAAAGGACAAGAAGAGGACUUCCAAGAAGAUGGAGGACAAGGGGAAGGGCAAGAUGGAAGAGGACGGGCAAGGAGGCGAGGAUGUGUCCGAACCCGCAGUUGACGCGUCUGAAAUCGUGGACGAGACUUUGGACGUCACUGCGGAGGCCCGAGAGGAAGAAGUGAAGGAAGACUUACAGGCAGGAAAGGACAAGACGAAGAAUGUUUUGAAGGUAAAGGACGGAGACGGCAAGGACACAGAGUGCGGGGAGCCUUCCGGAGCAGACGAAACUCCGACAAUAGUGCUGGACCUCCCCGAAGCGCUGAGUCUCGGAGACGAGUUUCCGCCUGUUGCCGGAGCAGACUGCGAGGACUCUCUGGUGGAGUCGCAGUCGCUUCUAGCCGACCUGGUCGAGCAGGAUUUACCCGAUGAGUCUGGGUCACGGGCGACUCCCGUCGUCGCCGAGCUCAGUCCGAGCCACGACGAAGCAUCCACCAGUUGGAAUCCUGCCGCCGUGGAUGAAUCGGCUUCGCAGGUGGGCGGUUCCAAGACGCAGGACCUUUGUGACCUUGACAAGGACAGCAGCGCUUCGUCAUCAAAGGGCGACAACUUUUGCGACCUGCCGACUGAAAGCAACAAGAGCUCGUCGGAAGAAAACGAGCCGUUGACGGCACAGACGAAUGACGAGCAGCGCAAGAAGCGUUCUCCGCUCAGCAAGAACCAGAAGGCUCGUCAGGCCCUAAUACGCAGCCUGCGGUACUCUGAGGACGGUUCCAGCGACGAGGACAGUGAGGACGACCUGCCGCUGGCGCUGAGGUCGCGGCGGAACCAGAAGAAGACUCCUACGAAGCGGCGGACAAAGUGGAGUCCCAAGAAGAAGGCGCAGGAAGCUGAUGCGGAUCCGCCGACUCCGGCACUCUCUCGCUCCUCUACCCCAACGCCAGUAAAUGUGAAGGAUCUGGGACUUGACGACCCCAAGCUGAGUCUGGAGCCGGUCGUCGUGCUACGGAAGCUCGAUAUUUCUUUGGACACAUUGACGGAGCAAAAAAGGAGGAAGAGUGGAGACGACAUUUCGGGACUGCUCAGGUUUCCGCAGCCAGCUCGUAAGCGCGACAGGACGCCCAGAAAGCCAGGGGAGGCGAAGGCAGUGGCUAAGAACUCCAAGAAGGCCGACGCUGAGGGCAUCGAAGCCAGCGAUUUGAGUUCACUGUCUUCAGAGGAGGAAACGGGGGAGGAGUCAGCGCCGAAAAUAGUUCCCUUGUCCAAGCUUGUGGAAAAUGCGAACGAAGCCUCUCAACGGGCCCUUUUGGAAGAGGCACUUCUGGGCAGCAGCGAUGACAGCAAAGAGGAAGACGGCGAGGCAGAACCAAAGAAGAAAAAGGCGGUGCCAAAGAAGAAGGCGGUGCCAAAGGAAAAAGAGGGCGUCAUUCCUGACUGCGAGGAAGAGAAGGCUGGUCCUGAGGAGGAGGAGGCUGGUCCUGAGGAGGAGGAGGCUGCUUCUGAGAAGGAGGAGGCUGCUUCUGAGAAGGAGGAGGCUGUUCCUGACGGCGAUGAAGAAGACAGCGACGAAAUCAGGGUCGCCACGAAGAAGAGCAAGAAGCUGCUCAAGUAUGAGAAGCUCCUGCAGAAGCCAGUUCCCGGCGGCAAGGACGACAGCUCGGAGAAGGAGCCGCCGCCACAGAGCCGGAAAAGGAAACCCAAAAGCAAGCGGGUAGAGGCGUCGAGCGAAGACGAAGACAAACACGCCGACUCUAAGAAACCCGAGGUCACCUCCAGCAGCAGUCUCGGCUCGAGCAGCUCAAGCGAAUCGGACGACUCGGACAUCCAGCCGCGUCGCAAGAAGAAAAAGAAGCAGGCGUCUUCUUCGAGAGGAUCGAGCGGAGAUUCAGACGACUCGGACUUCAAGCCGUCCAAGAAGGGCAAGCGCGGUCGCAGAAACGCGUCUGCGUCGCCGGAUUCCGGCAAGGCAAACAAGAAGAAGCGCCGUCGCAUCAAGGUGGCCGCCUCCUCGGAAGACGACAAGGAGAAAAGUGACGACAGCGUUGAGAUUAUCAACUCGAGCCAGGAGGCGGGCAACAAGAGCCGCAAGAACCUCCGAAAGCUCCGGCCAGUCGGUGACGAGACGAGGGCGGCGGCUAAGGCGGAGGAGGAACGCAAGAAGAGGGUCCAGGAGCGCCAGAAGCUGUUCAAUGAGAUCCGAGGCGGCGCUCCGGAGUGUGGCAACACGACCCUGGAGGAACUGGUGCUAGAGAUGGACCUCAAGACCAAGGAGCCGCUGGUGACGGUGAAUCAGAAGUUGGUCAAAUGCAUGAAGCCUCACCAGGUCGACGGUGUCAAGUUCAUGUACGAUUGCACCAUCGAAUCCCUGGAGAUGCUGAAGAAGGACCCCAAGAAGGGUUCUGGCUGCAUUCUUGCCCACUGCAUGGGGCUGGGAAAGACCUUCCAGGUGAUCUCGUUCCUGCACACGGUAUUGAGCCACAAGGAUUGCGGCAAGAUCCUGCGGACUGCCCUCAUCGUGUGCCCUUACAACACCAUCCUCAACUGGGCUCACGAGUUUGAGCGCUGGCUCGAAGACAAGGGACUCGACCUCACCGUGCACGAAAUGUCGUCUGUCAAGGACAACCACUCGCGGGUGGAGAUCCUGGAGUACUGGCAGAAGAAGGGAGGCGCCUUGAUCAUGGGCUACGACAUGUUCCGUCGGCUGACCAACGAGAAGGCCAAGGGGGUCAGCAAGAGGCUCAAGGAGCGGCUGAGGAAGGCGCUGCUCGAUCCAGGUCCAGACAUCGUGGCGUGCGACGAAGGGCACAUCCUGAAGAGUGACAAGACUGGCCUGUCAAUCGCCAUGAACUCCCUCCGGACGGGCCGGCGGAUCGUCCUCACCGGUACUCCCCUCCAGAACAACCUGCAAGAGUACCACUGCAUGGUGCAGUUUGUGAAGCCCAACCUGCUGGGAACCAAGAAGGAGUUCACCAACCGCUUUGUGAACCCGAUCGCCAACGGCCAGUGUGCCGACUCAACGGCCCUGGACGUGAGGCUGAUGAAGAAGCGGGUGCACAUCUUGCAUCGCCUGCUGAAUGGUUGCGUCCAGCGCUGCGACUACAACGCCCUGAAGCCCUUCCUGCCGCCCAAGUGCGAGUACGUGAUCAGCGUGCGGCUGUCUGAGGUGCAAGUGCAGCUGUACCGCCACUUCCUGGACCACCUGGCCAGGGGGGGCCGCAACAGGAAGCCCACCCAGGGCAUGUCCCUGUUCUGGGACUUCAACAUGCUGCGCAACAUCUGGACCCACCCCAUGCUGCUCGUCAUGAGCGCCGAGCGCGCCACGGCCAAGGAGCUCCUCAAGGAUGAAUCGAGCGAUUCGAUGGACUCUUUCAUCGACGACGGUUCGGAGAGUUCGAGCAGCAAAAGCGAUGACGACAAAGAAGUGGUUUGCCUCGACGAAGACAAGCCUUCCACCAGCAAAGGGAAGGGCAGCGGCCAGGAAAGUGGAGACGAGGUGGUCAAAACUUGGAAAACGAGGAGCCGAGCGGCACUCGGUGAACACAGCGAAGAAGAAGAAAAGGCUCCUUCACCCCAGUCGAAGGAAUGGUGGGACCAAUACGUCACGAAGGAGGACAUGGAGAAGUUCGAGGUCAGCGGCAAGAUGAGCCUGCUCUACAACAUCCUGCAAGAGUGCGACGCCAUCGGGGACAAACUCCUGCUGUUCAGCCAGAGCCUUCUGACGCUCAACAUGGUGGAGAAGCUGUUGGAGCAGUGCGACGAACGCGCCUCCGCGGUGCAGCCUGACGCCACGGGGGAGGAUCCAAGCGAUCCGUUGCAGGACUGCCACAACACGUGGAUCUCCGGCAUCGACUACUUCCGCAUGGACGGCUCGACGUCCGUGGACCUGCGCAAGCGCUGGAUCGAGAUGUUCAACGACGAGUCGAACCCACGGGGACGGCUGUUCCUUAUUUCGACCAAGGCAGGCUCGCUGGGCACCAACCUGGUGGGGGCGAACCGGGUGGUGCUCAUGGACGCUUCGUGGAACCCCACACACGACGUGCAGGCCAUCUUCCGCGUCUACCGCUUUGGGCAGAAGAAGCCGGUCUUCAUCUACCGCUUCCUUGCUCAGGGGACGAUGGAGGAGAAGAUCUACGAUCGGCAGGUGACGAAGCAGUCCCUGGCGUGCCGGGUAGUGGACGAGCAGCAGAUCGAGCGCCACUUCAAUGCGGCCGAUCUCAUGGAACUGUACAGCUUCAGUCCAGACAGCAAGAGCAACAGGCCCACCCCGAUGGUGCCCAAGGACCGCCUGCUGGCCGAGAUGCUGAUGAAACACCAGCACUGGAUAGUGUCGUACCACGAGCACGACUCGCUGCUUCAGAAUGUGGUGGAGGAGGACCUGACGGAGGAGGAAAGGAAACUGGCCUGGGAGGAGUUCAAGGACGAAGGACGCAGGGCCGCCAGCGACGCAGAGGAACUGCUGCGAAACAGCAAUGCGUCAGGCCAGCAGCAGUACUUCUCGCUUGACCUGCACAAACUAAUCGGCGACAUCCGGGCAAAGAACCCAAUGAUGACCGAGACAGAACUGAGUAGGCACUUGCAGACGACUUUGCUGACCUAUCAGGGGUACUUCAAGAAACAGCAGAUGGAUGCGUUUGAAAAGAGGGCAGAGUACCUGAGGCUCAAGCAGGUGGUGCCACCGCACAUCCUGAACCAGCUCACGCAGGCUGGUGUGGCGCUGCAACAACUGAAUCAAGUGCUCACCAAACUCCAGACCUUGCCGCAGCAGGGAAUGCCGCAGCAGGGCAUGCCGCAGCAGGGGAUGCCGCAGCAGGGGAUGCCACCGCGGCAGGGAAUGCCGCAGCAGCAGCAAAUGCCUUACCAAGAAGUGCGACGAGGGAGGCCUCCGGGGACAUCACAGUGGAGGCCUGCGCAACAAAUGAGCAGCAGUGCACAGCAGGCCUACAAUGCGGCAUACAGGGCCGCCUACCAGCAGGCCGUGUCCAAGGGGGCGACGCCGUUUAUGGCGAGGAAGUUUGCGGAGUACCAGCAGGCGGAGGCCUGGAAGAAAAUGCUUGAGCGCAUGGGCUCCACAUCGCAGCCAAUACCGGUUGUGAGCGAGGAAGACGACCAUGCGCCACCACAACCGCAGGCGCCAAGACCCGAGGUGUCCUCGGUUGUCAUCACCGAAAUCAGCGACUGAGCCGUGCCGACUGUGGGAUGCGUCGCUCGAGGUCACGGGUUUGGCACUCGGGGCGACGAGUUCGACGCUCGGGGCGACGGGUUCGACGCUUGGGCGACGGGUUCGGCGCUCGGGGUGACUUGUUCUUUGUUAGUAGACCACGUGAAACUCGACAAGAUGGGAGUGUCCAUCUGACUGGUGUAAAGGAAAUGUGUACGUGUUGGGUGUGACUUAGAAGGCGCGCAUGGGACGCCUUUUGGUUUCGGCAACUCGCGAGCCGGUCGUCUCGGCCUUCAGUGACACUGUAGAGACUUCAGACUUGCUACUGUGCACCCGUGGUUAUGGUUUCCCUGUUUGCCCCGUGUAUACGCUCUCUCGAUUUCGCUGGGUAAAUGCUUUGGACCUGGAAGCUUCACGAUACCCUGGGCUGCUCGAACCUUUUAAAUUGUCUAGUCGUAUUACUGAUUAGUGGGAUGGGGUCCCUGGCAGUCUGGGCUAGCUAGUCUGCAUUUUUGUUGGAGUUUUUUGGUUUUUAAUGUUUUUGUUCAUUUUAGAUCAUCUUAAAGGACGCAUGCGAAGGAAAAAGCAUUUUAUUUAAACAGCCUAUAUGGAAAAAGAAUGUCAUAAAACAAAUUUACAACAAAGAAAAAAUAUUUUUAGGGCUAUAUUUACGGCGCCAACGAGUUUGCAGUUGGCACCUGUGGGAGCCGCACGCUGAGCAUGGUGCGCCGCCGGUUCAAUGCAUUUCUCCACGCCGCCACCGGAAGGGAACGCUUUGGCGCGCCGCUGCCGUCAAUUUUUGACUGGCGCACAAGUCUAUCAUGUGGUGCUUGCACUCUUUUAGGAGCUUCCUUUGGGCUCUAAAAGUUACUUAUUAAUCUGAAAUUUUUGUUGUUUUGUUGCACUCCAAACGAAGAUGAAUAAGUACUUUUAGAGGCCAAAGGAAGCUCCUGAAAGAGCGGAAGGACCAUGCAAUAAAUAGCAGCCACUUCUUUGCGGGCGCCAACUACAAAUUCGUUUCGCGGUGGGAAUUUAGUUUUUAAAAAUUUUUCUUGUUUGUUGUAAACUCAUUUUAUGACUUAAUAUUAUCGAUGGCUUCAGCAAAACGCUUCCUCGUCUCUUUUAAAAGUUUCGUGUUUUCACUGCUGAGUGUUGCAACUGCAGUGUCGCAGUCGCAAAUAAACGGCUGUACUGUA